CUGUUGCACAUGGUAAUCAUGCGAUUUUUUCAGCAUAAAGGAUAUUUCUUAGUUUUUACGUUUUGGAUCUACACACUCGUGUGGAUAUUUUUGCAUUACCACGGAUCUAAUUUUCAUGUUUCGAAAGACUCAUCGGUUGGCGAUCACGCAGACGUUGGUAACGCAGACGAAACUUUAAGUAAAUGGAUGCAAGCAAAUUCCACUGAACGCUUUAAUAAUCGAGGGCAAGCGAAAGGAAAGCUUUGCAGAGCGAGAAGCAAUUGGUACGAGAGGUAUUUUCCAUCAAAAAUUACUACCGACUUAAAUUCUUGGACUUUUAGUGAAGUACAAAACUGUUCAUUUUUUCGUUCCAUGCCGCCUUCGGGCAUACAUCCAAAAUUUGCAAUUGACAUAAGAUGUGAAGAUCAAGUUGUUACAGUGAAGAAAAGAAUAAUCGCUCGAGAGAAUACAUCAACUGAUAAUGUUCUGCGGAUGGAAUUUGGUGAUACAUGCUUGCACAAAUACAUUAACUCUUGUUGCAAAGAUGUGAAAUUAGUUCCAAAUAUUGUACAUUAUGUAAGGUAUAAUAUGUCAGUACUAAAAUUUUAUGAAUUCGUGAGUUUCAUCAGUGUAAUACGUUUUAUAAAACCAUGUGCUAUUUUGAUUCAUGGUAACAUGUUACCUACUGGACAGUACUGGAGAUUUGUCUUGGCCAUUUCUCCAAUUAUAAUUCAUGUCCACCGCGUUCCGCCAUCUAUUAUAUCCGGUCAGAAAGUCUAUUUUAAAGCUCACGCUGGUGAUGUAAUGCGGAUUGAAGCAUUAAUCAAAUAUGGUGGAAUUUACUUAGAUACUGAUACAGUUGUCGUUAAAUCAUUAGACCGACUGCGGAAGUACCCAUUUACGAUGUCAAUGCAAGGCAAUGGUGUUAUUUCGUCUGCUUUCAUAAUGGCAGAAAAGAAUGCAACAUUUUUGCAAAAAUGGUUGGACAGUUACAAAUAUGAAUAUUACAGCAAAAAAUAUACUUACAAUGCCAUGUUUGUUCCAAGUAUACUCGCAAGGAAACACAAAGACCUUAUUAAUAUAGAGUUUGGAAAGCUGUCGCGACAACCGUCACAAACUGGCCGACUUAUUUUCAAUACAAAUUCGAAAUGGAAAGGUAUCUAUGGCAUGCAUUUGUUUAGUAGAUUUUCUAAUUUAACCAUGAAUAUUGAUCUUGUAAAACAUUUUAAUUCAACCGUUGGAUCUAUUUGUCGACAUAUUUUGUUUGGAAACAAAGAACUUUGUUUGAGUUGACAAGCCGCGGAAGAUUAAUGAACUUGC